UAAAAUUAUCAUCUCUACUACAUUCUUAAACUUUACUCUUUCUACCGUUACAACUGCUUUAACUCCUCUUUAUAAACUUGUCACUUCAUACUCCAUUGUCACUUCUUACCUUCCACCGCCACCGGCAACACCACCGGAAAAUCAGAAACCCACUUCAUAUACAACCGGAACUGAACAUUUCUGCUGACUAAUACAGCAAAUAAAGCUAAUCAUAUUCAAAAAAUGUCAGGCUUAAAAGCCUCUAGUAAUCUGGUAUUGUUAUUUUUAAGCUACUUAAUAAUAGUAGCAGAAUCAACAGGAAUAGGAGUAAACUGGGGGACGGUGUCGUUUAGAAAGCUGAACCCAUCAACUGUGGUGGAUCUGCUUAAAGACAACAAGAUACAGAAAGUUAAGUUAUUUGAUACGGACCCAUAUGUUUUGAGAGCAUUAAUGGGUAGUGGUAUUGAAGUUAUGGUUGGGAUUCCUAAUGAAAUGUUGGCUUCUCUGAGCUCUUCUACUUCUUACUCUGAUUUGUGGGUUCGUCAGAAUAUUUCGAGUUACUUGGUUAAAGGUGGUGCUGAUAUCAGGUAUAUUGCCGUAGGAAAUGAACCAUUCCUCUCAAGUUACUCCGGUCAGUUUCAGUCAUAUGUAGUCCCUGCCCUGCAAAAUUUGCAGCAGUCCUUGGCUAAAGCAAAUCUUGCUGGAUAUGUAAAGUUGGUGGUCCCUUGCAAUGCUGAUGCCUAUGAGUCCUCCCUUCCAUCUCAAGGAACAUUCCGACCCGAGUUAAUGGAUAUUAUAACUCAAAUGGUUUCUUUCCUAAAUUCGAAUGGGUCACCUUUUGUUGUCAAUAUUUAUCCAUUUCUUAGCCUCUAUGGGAACACAGAUUUUCCACAAGACUACGCAUUUUUCCAAGGGAGUACCCAUCCUGUGCAAGAUGGGCCUAAUGUUUACUACAAUGCGUUUGAUGGUAAUUAUGACACUUUAGUUGCAGCGCUCAGUAAAAUUGGAUACGGUCAGAUGCCAAUAGUUAUUGGGGAGGUGGGUUGGCCAACCGAUGGAGCCAUCAGUGCGAAUCUCACUGCGGCGAGGGCUUUCAACCAGGGCCUCAUAAAUCAAGUUUUGAGUAACAAAGGGACACCUCUGAGGCCAGCUUCUCCACCUAUGGAUAUUUAUCUCUUUGGCCUACUUGAUGAAGGGGCUAAGAGUGUACUUCCAGGGAAUUUUGAAAGGCACUGGGGUAUUUUCUCUUUUGAUGGACAGGCUAAAUAUGCAUUGAACCUUGGUUUGGGAAACAAGGUACUGAAGAAUGCCAGGACUGUCCAGUAUCUUCCAUCUAGGUGGUGUGUGGCUGACCCUGCCAAAGAUCUUUCUAAUGUUGCAAACCAUAUUAAAAUUGCUUGUGGUGCUGCAGAUUGCACGACACUUAACUACGGGGGAACAUGCAAUGAAAUUGGGGCAAAGGGAAAUAUCUCUUAUGCAUUCAACAGUUACUAUCAGCUCCAGAAUCAGAAUGAACAAAGCUGUGAUUUCGAUGGACUUGGUAUGGUGACGUUCCUAGACCCUUCAGUUGGUGAUUGCAGAUUUCUUGUCGGUGUUACUGAUACCAGUUCGUCAAAUUUCAGAACAUAUCAUAGGUGGGUUGUAAUUUGGAGUUGGAUGCUAUGGGGGACGUUGAUCUUUCUUAUAUAAAGUGAAGCUUCUUAAGCAGGUUUUUAAAGGUGAAAACCUACACAUGGAAACUCCAUCGAUUCUUCAAAUUUUGGAGCAACACCCAUCGGUGCAGCACACUGUUCCGCAACGAAGGUUUGGAACCCUUCCGAUGAAAGUGCAACAGCGACAACCUUCAAAUAUCAAACCAUUAGUUAUUCUGCAACUGCUAAUUAUAAGGAAUCAUCAAGUGAGAGAUGAAUUUUACCUGCUUGAGGCUGAACUACUUGCUCAUGAAAUGCAUGCAGACGAGGGGCUGCUGUUGCAUUUGCACAUAUCGCAAAGGAUACGAACAAUAAAGCCCAUGUCAAAGCAAUAAACAAAGUUUCUUUUCUCAUCAUAAUUUUGAUCUCUGCUUGAACAAUCUCUAAGAUAUUCAGAUGACAAGUCUUCUGUAAGAUAUUUAUACUGUAAUUCUGAGUGAGAUAUUUGCAGUAGUGUCGACAUUCUUAUCGCAAUAGCUAAUCAUAAUCUCCAUAAA